AUGCAGCUCGUUAUUUUCGUUGUAUUGGUAGUAACUCUCCUCUCGGGAUGCUGCCACGGCCUACAAUCGCCCGUCGCUGCCACCAUUUCUAGUAGGAGAGGUUUUGGGGCCACACUCGCUGCCGGCGCCGCGAUCGUGGUCGGCAGUCAGUCAGCGGUGGCAGCCGAUGACGACGCUGGUAAGAAGAAAGCCAACAACAACAAAACGAAGAAAGACAAGGGGGGGUACGAAUACGCGGCUGCCGACGCUACGUGGUACGGAACCGUUCUGAAUGAAAAAGAGAGCCAGGUGGCCGGAGGACUGCUGGAUAAACUGGGCGUCGACGACAUCGCUCCCGACAAGGACGCCAAGACGGCCGGGAAGGGAAAGUUCAACACGGUAAAGUAG